AUAUAAGUAAUUAAACUAAAUAGUUUUUAGAGUUUAAAAGCUCGACAGUAAGCAUGAGGUAUAUAUAGUUUUCUUAGAUUGGAAAAAAUGGAAAAGCCGAGGAAAAAGAAGCAAACAGCUGCAAGCGUUGGGGCGGGAACGGUUAAAGAAAAACCUAAACCCAAGCCCCCACCAGGCAUUAACUUGAAGAAAUUGUUCGCGGUUGUUUUUAUCAUGUUGAUUCUUUGUGGAGGGGUGGCUUGUUUGAUUGUUUUCUAUGUUCUCCCGAUGUUCGAUGAUCCUUGUGCGACACCUAGUGACAGCCAAUCAGAAUACGAUAUUUUACUUUGCGAACGCAUCCACGCAGGAGUGACAUGUAGCUUUGAUGUCGCCACAUGUACCACACCUUGUAUACUCGGGUACGAACAGGACGCGUAUGAAUGUCCUAUUAGUUGUAAGUGUGCGGGGGAUGGAACGUUUGAGACGGAUGUUUCGUUUAAUGAAGUCAACAUUAAAUCUGUGUUAACUUCGUACAUACCUGAGGAAGACACCUCGUUUGACACAAGUAGUUCAGUUAGUGCCCAUGCCAAGUUAUGGGACAUUGUUGAUGGGAGGGCCGUUGUACCAUAUGUGUUCGCUAAUGACGUUUACAAAAACCUGCGAGCUAAGACUGCGAUCGAAGAAGCCAUCGAAGGUUACGCGAACCUCACAUGUAUUGACUUUAGGGUAAGAAGCGAUGAAGAUGAUUUCCUCGAGUUUGUUGCAAGGGAGAAGGGCUGUAGGUCAUUCAUCGGACGCAUGGGCGGCAGACAAAUUGUAUCAAUUGCUUUAAGCACAAUUGGUAAUAAGUCCACUCCACAAAGCACUUUACUGGGAAAAUGUCCAAUCAUGUAG